AUGAAGUACCUUCCAGUAAUCACGCUAGGCGUGCUUUGCGCCGCUGGUCCGGCGCUGCAUUCCUGCAACGACAAAGAAUCGGGAUCCCACUUGAAGUGCGAUCAAGUUCUAGCACAAAGACACCCCAUAACCCGACAGUUGUCAUCGAGACGCGUGCGUCGCGCGUUCGAUGAGCCCGUCGGUUCUCAAGCCUCUCCUUUCGAACCACCGGAGUCCUCGGCCCAGAGCCACGCUCGACCACCGAAACCAGCGACAUCGCAGCGAGUUAGUCGGAGCGGCCGCACUGGCGGCGGCCGUGGGAGCAGCAGUGGUCCAUUUACUCCACCCGGAGAAGAACAUGCAUCGAAGAAAAAGACUCAUCGAGGAGGGUGGGAACCCCAUGACGACGACCAUCAUCAUCAUCACGGCCAUCAUCACGGACACGUGGUUGAGGAAGAGGUGAUCGAAGAAGAAGAUGAGGAGCCACAUGUCGAAGAAUACAAGCCUCCGUUGCUCAACCCGGCGCAUGAUGGUCACAUAAAACUCAAAAGUCAUCGUCCCCCUCCUGACCCCCACUGGAGCGAGAAAAACGAAGAUCAUCCCUGGGACGAUAAACAUCACGACGACCACGGCUGGAAAGAAGAAGCUCAGUACAAGAUUAACGAUGUAAAGCUCCGCAUUCCUCCGGUAAAGUUCAGAUUCCAUCUGAGCCCAAACGUGAAAAUCAUAUCGGGCACCAAAGAUCCACUCCAGAGACCCCCGCCGCCAGAACCGGAAGAGCAUUUCCCGUGGGAAAAACCCAAAGAUCUGCCCCACCUCCCCUGGUGGCCUGAAGAGCAAUGGCCUGAAAAGAAGAAGAACUGCACCGAGGAAAGCAACAAGGACAGCGAAGAAUGCAAAGAGGAGAACGAGAAGAGCAAUCUGUCGAAGAGCGCUAGCCUCACCUCGAAGUCCUCGAAUAAGAAGAACGUGGAGAGGAGAAAGGGCCCCGGGAAACCCAAAGCGGCUUCCUCGAGUUCCUCGAAGAGUCGGUCCAAUCAAAGCACAAAAAAGAACUCUAAGAAGAAACCCACUUCGACCACUAGCUCCCCUCGCAGGAGCUCUGCGAGCAAGAAGAAAAAGGACCUAGUCACGAAGCGGAGCGGAGAACCCGAAGCGGCGGCGAGCUCCAGUCAUCAAAUACGAUUGAGGCCGCGACGUACCAGGAAACGUAAAGGCUGGGCCAGCGAGGCCUACCAUUCGAUACCGGCGUCGCCGUGGGCGCCCCCACGUCCAACCUGGGGGGACGACGUUGUCGAAGAGCACGUGGAGUACGAAGACGAUGACGACCACGAUUCAAAAAACGCGCAUAGGGGAUCCGAUGCUGAGGGGGAUGCCCAUAAUAACGGCACCGCUGAGGAUCCCCAUAUAAACUGGCAAGACUCCCCCAUCCAUUUCGCCGCGCACAAACGCAGGUGGCCCCCAGAUACUCCGCGUUAUUCUCCGACUUUCAAAUUGAAAGUGCAUCCGCGCAUUUGGACCGAAGCGCCGCCUACAACCACCACGACGACGACAGAAGCCACGACAACCACUGAAGAGGAGUCGGAUGAGUUCGCCGAGAGCACGACCGAGGAUAACGAUGAAGAAACGACCACCGAAGAACCGACAACCGAAGAGACGACGACCGAAGAGACAACCACCGAGUCCACGACGGCGGCAGAUGAGACAACGACCACGGAAUCCACUACGGCAACCACGGAUCCGAGCGAGACGACAACGAGAUUCAGAGAACCGACGACUCCGGACGGAGACGAAUCUACCCCCAUGGCGCCAACAACGACCGAGGAGAUGACAACCACUCCCGCGACUACAACCGUCGAAGCAUCGACAACACCAGAGACCACGACUGUCGAAACAACGACGACGGAAGAGGCGACAACUACAGAAGCGCCGUCGACAACGCUCGCCGUCACGGCAAUGGACGAACCUACAACAACAACAUUACCUACAACAACUGAAGAAGCUACGACGCAACUCUCGAACUCCGAUGCGCCUUUCCGAAAGAAGGGGUCGCGCAUCCCGAAGGUUUUCGGUGAAAACGACAUCAAGUCCAAGAACGUCAAAGAGAAGGCUACGACGCCGCUCCCACCGUCGACUACAAUCAGUGGAACAACGACUAGUUGGCUUUUUGGUCUGACCAAGACAACCACCGAGCUCAACCCGAAUCUGGAGCGAGAGGAUCCUCAGAUCACGGACCGGACGGGGAAAACCGCGAAUGGUCUCCCUCACCCUCGUCGGCGUCUAGUUCCCCUGAGUCCGGUGAAGAUCGAUGUCUCGAGUCCCGAGGAGCUGGCAGGAGUCGCGGUCAACGCCAAGGUGCUACAUCUGUUCCUGGGCGGGCCAAAUUCGACUUCGCUGCACGACUCUGUGGUCACUGUGGCGAAGGCGGUCAAUCAGUACAACAAUUACUACAAAAGACGCUAGACGCGGACGAGAGUCGUCGACUCGAAUGAAUCAGCGUUUGAGCUCAACCAUGUACUCAAAGAAUGAAUGUCGUUGCUCCGCUGGACUCGGAGCUCUUCUCUUACUUGACGUAUAAGUUGCAGAGAAGAAAUUCUCUUCUUGAAA